UAAUUCUUCUUUUUUCCUUAAUACCUUUCCUAUUUUCACAUAAAAUACACUUUUUGCUUCAUUUUUUUUUAUUUUUUUUAUAUUUUUAACUUUCUGCCCAUUGAUUCUUAGGCUUUUUUCAGCCAAUUGAAAUCAAAAUCAUUAUUAUUUGCUUCAUUUUUACUGUACGUUUAUGUCAAGUUAUAUUUUGGUAUGGAAAUAGAAAGUUAUUCAACAAAUAAUAUGGUUGAAGAACAGAUGGAAUUACCACCAGGAUUCAGAUUUCAUCCUACGGAUGAAGAGUUGAUAACCCAUUACUUAUCUGAAAAAGUUCUUGAUACCAACUUCAACACCAUUGUCAUUGGAGAAGCUGAUUUGAAUACAACUGAGCCUUGGGAUUUGCCAAAGCAAGCAAAAAUGGGGGAAAAAGAAUGGUAUUUUUUUGUUGUUAGAGAUAGAAAGUAUCCAACUGGGCUAAGAACAAACCGGGCAACCGAGGCAGGUUAUUGGAAGGCAACUGGGAAAGAUAAGGAGAUAUAUAGGGAAAAAAACCUUAUUGGGAUGAAAAAAACCCUGGUUUUUUAUACAGGACGAGCUCCUAAGGGUGAAAAGACCAACUGGGUUAUGCAUGAAUAUAGAUUAGAAGGCAAAUAUUCUAAGUAUAAAGACUCUAAGAAUGAUUGGGUAAUUUCACGCGUAUUCAACAAGAAUUCAGCUGCAGAAACACUAAAUACAGCAUCACAAACAGUAAGCCUAGAUGAACUACAACCAACUUUCUUGCCUCCAUUAAUGGAUUCUUCUCCUUACAGCAAUACAAGUGAGACCACCAUAGCCGCCACCGCGACCUCGUCUCACGUGAACUGCAUCUCCAGCACGUGCUUGUUGGAUGAUAAUAAGGUUAGAAAACCAGCCAAACAAGAACAAGAAAGUCAUGUUAAUGGCAUGGUUAACAACAUUUCUAGUGGUGUCCCCACUACACCUUUUUCUCCUCUAUUAUUUGGGUGUGAUUGUUCUCAGUUUACUGAUUCAUUUCUAACACAAGAUCAAUCCAUGUUGAAGCUUCUUCUUGAAGGGAAGAUGAUCAAUAACUCUGGAUUUGAGGGUAUGGUUGAUGAAUCUUCUGGCUUUUUGAAUCAGGAAAUUAUUAGUCAUGAUUCAUUUUGGGAUUAUUAAUCGAUGAUCAUAUUAUUUCACAUAAAUAUAAAAAGAAAAAUCUAUGUGAAUAGAUCAAGUUAAAGUAAUAUAUUUAGUGAUCAUAAUGUAGAUUAUAUUUGCUUAUAAUUGUAUUUUAUGUGUAUAUAGGAGAAAUAUUUGUGUUAAAUUUUUAAUCUUGUUCUAGUUUUUUGUGUUAGUGUGUCACUACUCUUAUAUUCUAACUAUAGAGAUAAAAAUCAGAAAUAUACAUUUUACUUUUAUUUUUUAGCCAAUUUUAAAUUGGUGUUUGUUUGUUUGUAUAUCACUCCUCUUCAAAUA